AUGCAGCCGGCCUCGCUAGGUCAGCUGGCAAGCUGCGCUUCUACCAUGCGACUACUACCAUCCAGCAGCCGACAUGCGAUGGCUUGCAAGCUCGCAAUGCAACCAUCUCGCGGCAUCGGCCCGGUCAGGACGCUCCGCAUCGGCAGUUCCAGCACGCAGCCGGAGAUCGCCAUUUCGGAUAUCCUGUCCAAUUCGGCUGCAGCUCAAGGUGUUCGCGCUCCCCUCCCAGAUUCGCUCUCACGCAUUGUCAGAUCGGAACCCCCAGCUCAACGGACCUGGUUCCGCCCCUCGUCGGUUUCCGGGAGGCCACUCUCGUCCUCGUCAUCCUCACGCGGUCUCGCAGGCGGCCCACAGCAACCACCGAAGCGAUCCGGACGCUGGGCACGAAGAUCAGGCAUCCUGGUUGCGGCGAUCGGGAUUGGAUACAUCAUCGACGAAUACUUCAACGCUCGCACAGCACAACGCAACCUGCUCACCGCAUGGACGGGCGUCCAGAUCGCCAUGGAUUACAAGCUCAACUUUGAUCGCAACUCGCUCGAAUCUAUCAACGCUCUUCACGAGCGAUGCGCUGACAAGCUCAUGUACGUCUGCGAAAAGAACCAGGGUCUCUACGUAAAGCUCGGUCAGGCGAUCGGCUGUCAAGCUGCCAUCCUUCCCAAACCGUACCAUCAGCUCACGAAGCUCUUCGAUAAUGCUGAAAGGCUGCCGUACGAGGAGGUGCGCAAGGUGUUGAUUGCAGAGCUGGGCGCGGACCCCAAAGAAGUGUUUGCCGAGUUCAACGAGGUACCUGUAGCGGCUGCCAGCGUGGCCCAGGUGCACAAGGCACGUCUCAAGCCACCACCGGGCUCUCCACCGGGCACAUUGGGCCCAGAAGUGGCCGUCAAGGUGCAGCGACCCAACAUUCGCAAGUACGCAAAGUGGGAUCUGUGGUCGUUCCGCAUCUUGCUCAAGCUCUACGAACGCAUCUUCGAACUGCCAUUGUCGUUCUCGGGUCAGUACAUAUCGGAUCAGAUCGAGCAAGAGACGUUCUUUGAUCGCGAGCUCGCCAACUCGCUCCGUGCUAAAAAGGCCAUCGAGACCGAUUCCGAGGCUCUGGUACGCAAGAGCUGCUACGUGCCUGAAUUUUACAAGGACUUUUGCACCCAGCGCGUGCUGGUGAUGGAAUGGAUCGGAAACACGUGCCGCAUGACCGACCGCGAGAAGCUCGAAGAGUGGGGAUUGUCGGCCAAGCAGGUCUCACGUUCGGUUUGCGAGGCUUUUGCGAGCCAGAUCUUCCAGCACGGCUUUGUGCAGGCAGAUGGACACCCUUCCAAUGUGCUGGUUCGCAAGCAUCCCAAUGGCAAGAAGGGGCAGCAUCAGGUGGUGCUUAUCGAUCAUGGUCUGUACGUGGAGCUGAGCGAGGACUUCCGCCGCAAGUACGCCCAGCUUUGGAAGGCUAUCUUCACACUCGAUCUCAAAACGCUCGACGAGAUCACGGUGAGCUGGGGCAUGGGCGAAGGAUCGUCCGAGCUGUUCGCGUCAGCCACACUGCUUCGACCAUGGAGCAAGCCAAAGAAGAAGGACGAGGCCAACAAACCGGGAGAACACGCUCGCAAGACCGAUCUCGAAUUGCAGCGUGAGAUGAAGGAGAAACUGAAGAGCUUCCUGGUUCACACCGAGUUGCUACCGAAAGAGUUGCUGUUUGUAGGACGAUCGAUGCGCAUCAUCCAAGCCAACAAUCAAGUGCUCGGUUCACCCGUCAACCGACUCAACAUCCUCGCCAAACACGCCGCCGCUGCCCUGAUCAGCAACACCGACACACCCAGUCUCUACCGCGUCUUCAAACCCAUACGAACUUCUAACCAAACCCAACGAGCCUCGUUUGGAAAGCGUCUCUCCACAUGGAUCAAGGAUAGACUCGACUUUGUGCGCUUCCGAACAACACUGCUCGUUCUCGACAUGGCGUUCAUCGGUUCGGGUAUUUCGCACUGGUUCAAGUUCUUCUUCCGUGCUCCCGCGUCCGCGUUGUUGGGCAGAAGCGAUCCGAACAAGGGAGGUUUCGAGGAUGAUCUGGAACAAAGCAUGAGGCAGAUGGCGAGGGACGAGUUCGGUGUUGAGUUGGAUGAGGGUGCGUUUGUAGGUUGA